AGUAAGGACAGAGUUGUUCGAUGGUGUAGAUCGAGACGCCCGUAUAUCCGAGCGAGCACCCUGUCGCAGCAGCGGUCGAAGAAAUCAGUAGUAGCCACCACAGCCACCACCAUCACGAGCAGGCAGACGGGCAGGCAGGCUGCACCCGAUCGAAUCUGAUCUAAGCGGUUUUCGUUUGCCUGGUCGACCCACCAUCCCCUCCCCCUUCCGUACACCGCCACCAUUCAGCAGCUCGUGCUCGCCUGGUUGGGGACAGGUCCCCACCCCAUUCCAGCUAAUCCCAUCCCAGCAAACCCAGCACGCAGAUCAACGGAGCAAAUUUUCAUCAGUGGUUAACUCUCGUUUGUGAUGUGAAUAGCAUCAAACUUCUUCACGUUCUUGAAUAUCUGAUACUAUUCUGGUGACAAAUCAGGGUGUGAUUUUAAACGGUUUAGUUUUAAUUUACAGUGCAGUGUAUGCUGUGAAGUGAGGUGUGGUGAUUUUUACUUGCCGAGUGUUACCAAGGGGCUAGAGCUGAAAUGUCCACGCUAUCGCCCGUAAAGCUGCUGUGUGUCCUGGACAAUUGAGACAUCUUUUCGCCGCACAUCUUCAACAAAGCUCUUCUAUCAAACGUCCAGCUAUCAUUCGGAUAAUCGAGUGCGAGUGUACGUGAGCAAGUGAAGUUCCCGACAGUGGUCAGGCAACAUCUAAUCUAAUUUUGUGCCCCAGGAAACCCCUAGUCUUGCUACCGGCGGCGGUCAAUUAGCAGGGUUCAGGAUUAUGAAUUCCGGAUUAGCGUGAUUAGUGCGUGCAUCGAGUGCAAAGGUGGUGCGUAUUGUGAGUGUGUGCGUGUGUGUUCGCGUCCGUGGAAAAUUACCGUCGGCGUUUAAGCAUACGUCGUGUUGUCGUCGUCGCUACGCUACGGUGAAGCUAUCGGGGCUGGAAAAAAGAAACGGAUAAAUCCUGCAAACUAGUCGGCCCUAACCUAUCCCUCCAGCAAAUCUUCAGCUUCACACACUCCGUCACAGACACACACACACACACCAGAGAUACCUUUUCCACACAGGUCGCAACAAACAAUAAUGGAUAGAAUUUGGAUAACAUUUUUGCUAUUGAUUAUCGCCAUCAUUUACGGGCAAACGAAGGGACAAUCAACAGUGAAUGUACAGCUCGUGGUUAAAAAGUACGUUGAGCGUGGCAGUGCGGUGGCACUCUAUUGCGAAAAUGAUGUUUUGCCAGACAUCCUCUACAAGGUGACCUUUCUCAAAGAAGACAGCAAAAUUUUUGAGUAUAUUAAAGGACGAAGCCCACCGUACCGGAACUACAGUAUACCUGGUGCCGAAAUUGAUUGGAAAAAGGUGACUCCGUCAACGCUUACUCUGAAGAAUGUGGACUACGAUGCAUCCGGCUCGUACUACUGCGAAGUGUCGACCGAUACGCCCAUCUUCACCAAAGCAUCAAACGAUGAAAUGCUGCACGUGAUGCUGCCACAGAAGGGACCACCGAACAUUGAGUUUGCCAAGGAACAGCUGUACUACGGCGAUAUGCUCAUCGCGAACUGUACCACAUCGAGAGCCCGCCCAUCACCGCACAUUACGUGGUUGAUUAAUGGUAAACUGGUGGAUGAUGCUCACGUACGGCAGCUACAUCAUAACUCAAAAAAUAGCCAUCGCUCGAAAGUACAGCCACCGCUCGGACAGCAAACGACAGUUUACCACGGGAAGGUCAUCGGUUCCGGUAGCAGUUCUUCCAGCAGUGGUAGCUUAAAGGAACUAAAGCAACGGACGAAAGCGGUGGAAAACGACUUCCAGGAUAAAUUGACCAAAUCGACCAGCUCGAUGGGAUUGGGCGGCGGAGUUGGGGGCGGUAACGGUGGCUACUCGGGUAGCUUCGAGAUUCAGCCCAACAUCGGCUACAACAGCUUCGAGAGUGGCUACAACUACGGCAUCAAGAUGCAUCACCCGGGCCGGGAGCGAAGCGGCGGCAGUACGAUCGGCCUGCUGAACGGAGCAUUCGGUGGUUCCGCGUACGGCAGCUUCGGCGGGAUGGCCGGUCUGGGAUCGCUCGGUACCGGGCCGGGGCUCGGUGCGCCCGACAUCAUUGUGGAGGAGAGUGAUAAAAAGACUUGGCAGCGUAACGACUACAACUACAACUAUAACCAGUACUACGACAAUAAGCAGCUACAGCAACAACAGCAGCACUAUGACAAUGGCUACCGAAAGCAUCGUCCCUCGUUCGAGCACAAAUAUCGACGGCACGUCAACGAGGGUGAGCAGCGCAAGAGUCACCGGGUGUUUGCCUCCUACAGUCAGCUGUCGAUCCGCAUCACCGAAGCACUGACGGACAGCCUCGGCCGGAUAGAGAUCACCUGCCUAGCGACCAUACCGGCGCACGUAGAGCCGGGCGAGCAGUACGCCGACUAUAAGACUUCGCUGAUCAAACUCGACAUUGAGCGGAACGAUCAAACAUCACCCCAACCGUCGAUGAGCGGUAUGGCCGCAUUCGGCAACUCGGGCGCCGCACAAAACAGCUUCCAUUCGGUGCCGGUCCGCAGCCGUUCCGCCGUAGCGCUGACCGGUGCUUUAUUGGCGCUGAGCGUCGCUUACCGUCGCUUCCGACCACGCCUGCUAGUGUAAAUGGUGCAUCCUUUCUACAAACCUUUCCCGAUAGCCCGGCCGCCUGAUCAGUGGAGCCUAAUGUCACGGAGUUCUCCAAGCCCUGUCCCCCACCACAAAGGAUGAAGAUAUGUCGCUAUUUAGCUCCAGCUCUUUUUUCCUACAAUGCCCCAAAUUGUGUCCGUUUGUGUUUUUUUUUGCGCGUGUGUUUUUGUGUGGGAAUCACCCUAGAGGGGUGUGUGUGUCCGCGCAUCUGUGUAUAUGUAUGCUGUAAUAAGCCAGUGUGUAUGUAAAGUGUUGUUUCGUGCAAUGCGUCAGAACGAACUCUGUGGUUAUGGGACGAACAUCGAACAUCGAGUGAUAGUGAAGGUGUAUCAAAAUUGGUGCAGUUUGUGUUCCGGUUAGCUUUCAUUCGCCCAGGGAAUGGUACCCUAAUCGAAUGUGGGGUCCAGAAAGUAGGAAGACAUAUUGCAUUGGUAAUGCGAUACGCACAAAGGAAUACGUUGUGGCUGUGAAAAGCUCUCCCGAAAGCACGAAGAAAAAUGGCUUAUCCGCGUGCGUGCGUGGAAUGCGUGAGGGAGUCGUUUAAUGCAUACGAAAGAAAUAUGUGUCACACUACCAACCAACCAACCAACCAACAAAUCACCAUUCCCAGAAGAAAAUCCACCACCACCAAUCAAAGUCCUCUUGCCCGGUCCAGAGACAUCAGGGCCGCGCCGAAUAAACAAGCGUGGAAGAAAGAUACUCUUCCAAUGGUCCCAUCAUGUGCUCCACGAUUCCACCAAUGGUUUCGCUUUCAACUUCAAGAAAAGUAUUGAAAUGUGUUCCUUGCAUAUAAGAACCAAACGAUGUCUCCGGUAGCACAAAAAGACCCUUGACGUCGCGAGGCUACCACACCGUCAGUCCAACAUUUUUGUAUACACCCACGACAUAAAAUUCGAUCCAGCCCGUUAAAUCAGAGGUAAAUGUAUUCUAUAUAACACAGGCUAACCAAAAGCUACAUCCACUGGAAUGGCUUAAAGCGACUAGAAGCUAAACCACAACGGCACACCCCACACAUUAACACAUUCUUUGCAAACAACAACAACAAAAACAUCCAGCGCGACAGGACAGGAGUUAAGUUAAUAAUGUUAAGAGAUAGUAAAUAUAUUUAUUCUAUAAUAGAAACGUGGGAAGGGGAGGGAACGCGUGGGGAAGCGGAUAGCCCUAUUUGGGGAUCGGAUGGAUCGAAAGUGUAAAGUUUAGUAUGCAUAUUUGAAAAAUCCUGCUUGUGAGAUAAAAAAUACUGCUGCUGCAAAAGCAAAAAAAAAGACAAACCAACGCGCGCCCAUGUGGAAGGGUGGAAUUUUUGCCGGCACGCAAAAGCGAAGCAAAAAAUUAAGCAACCCCAGUAUAUAUACAGAUAUACAAUACAAUAUUAUACUUAUUAUACAUUGCAAGCAGCAACAAAAAAAGAACAAGACAAAACAACAUAAGACUUUCACUCGAAUUUUACAUCGAUCAGUUGCAUUUAAAAACACGAAAAUUAAAUGGGUGCGCGUAGAAAAAAAAAACAAGCUGCCACCUUAAAAAUCGAGAUGGAAAAGUCGAGCGUCACGAUGGCAGCCGAGUGAAUGUGUAAUUGAUGACAAUUCAUUUUAUAAUAUUAUAUGAAAGAUAUACUUUUGCGGAUAAAAUCAAAUUGCGCGCAUUGCAGUGAGAGUGGGCAAAACAAAACGAAAGGACACGAGAAAACGAUUAAAACCCCAGAUACCUAGCGGUAAGUGACGGAUAGCUAAAAACAAGUGGAUAGAAUCGGUAGAGAGAGUAAACAAAAAAAAAAGCUAAAGAAAUGUCGCUUGGUGUUUUUGGAAUAGUUUGGAAAUAGUACGGUUAAGUAAAAACAACGGCAAAGCGUUAAAGGAAUGCAUUAAAGCGAACGAAAAGAUCAACAUCAACAGCCUGGUAUUAAAUACAUCACUCAAAUUCUUACGAUAGAGAGCAGCUGUAAUAGCUUGAGUCAAAAGUACUACUACUAUUAUUAUUACUGUUUUAUUAUGAAUUAAGCCAAAUUAUGGAAAUUGUGGUACAGAAAAGUCCCACUUAUCCAACGCACACACACACGGAAAACCUCGUGCCGAAUUAUGUACCGAAUUGUCACUGUAUGUGUCUGUAUGUAUGUAUGCCGCUUGUCACCUGUCAUGCAAAGCGAUGUGUAAGUGUGCCGAACCAUUGCAGCAUCUCCGUUACCGAGUUACUAGUUUCAUUACAGCCUCCGGUUACAGUAUUAUAGAAAUCUCAUGUAUUUUCAAUCAGUACGCGCAGGUGUUGUCACACCACAUCAAUCGUAAGCUUGCAGUCCGCAUAUUCGAACAGAACGAUUUUGUUACUUGGGUCUGUUGACUGAGUGCCAUAAUCGGAUAGCCACGGAUAAUCCGACUGCACCGAUACUAUUCAAAACUGGUAUACAGUAGUAGCGUUGUGUGGUGAUGAGUAAAGGCAAUGGCGGAUAGGAAUCAAUGUAUAGAUGUGUACUGCUGUGUGUAUGAGACGAAAAAAAAACAAUUACGCUAAGUGUUUCGUUGUGUGUUUUCUAUUUCUAACUUUUGUGUUACACAGAAGAGUCAUACAUAUAUAUAAUUAAAGUUGCACAAAAUUGUUGCGUUAAGUUAAAGAUAAAAACAAACCCAAACAAAAAAGGACAGACUUUAGAACAUUUAUUAUUCGCUAGCUAGUGUGAAUGUGAACCCAAUUAUUAGGAGAUGAAAGGAAACGGACACUAAAAUGGAUGCUUCGAGAGCUAGAAACAAAAAAAGCGAUGGCUACCAGCUCACGGUAAUGCAAUGACACGAUGGAACGGCAUGUAACCAAAAGCCUUUUGCCUGAUCAAAUUCGGUUCGAAUAGGUUGUACAUCCAUAGGAUGAAGUUGGGGUUAGUUGCUACCGUUUGAUUAGUGGUGGGCAACAACCAAAAAGAGCCCGCUCGCCGAAACAAAACGCAAAUGAAAAAGUUCUUCGUCACACGCUACACAUGUCAAAACUUCAAUCGUUAUCGUGCGUAUGUGUGUGUAAACAAGCCAGAACCCUUCAGCGAUGCUAUUGAAUAUAAGAGAAUUACAACAAGAGCAGCAGCAGCUACAACAAAAAAAGAAACAACGGUAACUUUAUCAAAAAAAAACAGCGCAUAAACACUACAACAACAACAACAAAGUCGAGCGAUCUUGCUAUCUUUCCUACAUGUAACUAUCGUAACUGUGUAUGUGUGUGUGUUUGUAUCUCUAGUGUAAACCGCAAAAGUUGUUUCGGUCUCGCACCGUUCAUCGUCUUUUUAUCAUCAUAACCCCUGGUGGGGGCGAAGUCCUUGCUACUGAAGAUGUAUUUUUGGAUUAAUUGUAAAACUAUAAAACCGUAAGAAGGGCAAAAAAACACAAAAAAGGCACACAUCACACACAAACACACACACUGCUCACACUAUUCGGUACAGUGUACUCCAACGGCAGGGUGAUACUAAAUGUGCAACAAAAACAACUACAAAACGGAUAGAUUGUUUGUGCCUCUGCCAUCUUUGUUUAGAGCAAAAGUUUGAGAGGAAUAGCAGAUAUCCUUAUAAAUUGUAUAACUUGAUUGCUUAUCAACCCAUACAACACGCGUAAAAAUUUGCUAUAAAAUUGAAGAAUUCUAAGUUACACUCAGUACACAUAUUUAAAAUGAAUUGCUACAACUAAAAAUUAUGUUAUAGCACCGAUCAAAUUCAGCCAUUUUGCUUUACCUUUAUCAUGCUUAUGUUUAUGACACAAAAGUGAGUUCUUAAAUUGGACUUUUUAUGGUGAACAAAUGGUGGAACAAAUGGAACAAAAUGGUGAACAGAACAUCAAUUUCUUGACGGAAUUCCAUUUUUUUUACUAUAGUUAUGAUAUCAACGUGAUUGGAGCGAUAUCUGCAGUGGUGUGCGCCUCCACUGCUAUUACACGUUACUCCUAUAAUCUAGAAGGAUCCAGCAACACACAACACGCACACUGACGCGUCCUGCAGUUCUCUCGAAUCAAUUUCUGGGUGUUCGCAAUUUUAUAGCAACUUCUAAUGGGCUCAUAAUGGGGACUGCGGUGCUUAAACUGAACUAAACACGUACAGCACAUGGUUAUUUAGUUUUACUUAUUUCGUUUUCGAUUCGUUAAGCAUGUUUAAGUUACGAAAAGUAUCUUGGCUCCAAUUACAUUUCCCCUUUCAAAUUUCAGUUCAAGGAUUCUGUUAUACGGGUGAUUUAAAAGUGCUUUAAAAUUUCAUUCAAAACAAAAAUCAAACCCAAUACUGAAGUAUCAACAGAAAAUUUAAACAACCUGUCGAUGUAAGGAAAAAAACACACAACACAAGUUACAAUACAACCCCACUGUCAGACACUCUCAUGUUGAACUAUGCUUAGCACACUAUGCAACGAACCGAUACACCGCAAAAACCCUAACGACUAAUGAAACCCCCACUUUUUCAAAUGGUCAAUUAAGUGUGAACCUAUAGACCGAUAGACGGACAAAAUUUUUUGCAAAAAAAAAACACUUUUACGGAAUAAAAUCUACACUCAAUUACACACACACACACAAAAUUGGACAGGAGCUAGGGAUAAAAAGCUGAGAACGGAACAAAUUUGCGCUAGUGCUAUGAAUAAAUAUUCCUACCUUCUAUUACUACUGCUGCUGAAAAAAAAAAAGACAAACCCUAAAACAUUACCCCAUUGCAUACUACUAAUACUACUAGUAUUACUCACUGUGAGCAUAAACAAUCGACCGUAAGCGAAUUUCUGUCAAUUUCUACUCUAAACAAACAACAAACGGAUAAAUGGAUUGAUGCCGAAUCGCAUGCUUUCGAUAUGAUGGUGUAUAUGACUGAGCUGAUGCAGCCAACUUUUGAACGAAGUUCCAGGCGAAAACUAAAUCACACAACACACGGAUGGCAAACUAUUCGCGAGAAGCCAAAAUAGUUAAAAGAAAAUAAACAUCGAGAUCCAAAUGAGAAGCUGUUCUCGGUAAAGCUGGGGAAGAAAAGCAAAAAAAAGUCCCCGAAAACAGAUAAAUCUUAGGUACAAAAAAUUAACUACUACGAGAAGAUCCAAGAACGAAACUCUCUUAAGCAUCGCGAUGGCUAGGUCGCAAGAAAGAAAAGGAAAUGACCUGGGAAAUGGAAAAAAGAGGACACCGCUAUUAAUUCCAACUGGUCUGAUCUUGACGCUUGGUUUUGACCAUAAUUCCAUAGUUUAUAGCGAAUGUGUACGCAUUUUGACGCCAUUGAAUACUAUUUUUCUUAGCAUUUUUCUAGACAAAGAAUUAUAAAGAAGAAAAAACAAAGCUCUAUAUAUAUAUUAUACGAGAUCAAGAUACCAAUGGAUGUGGCUCAUACUGGGUGUCACAAUCAUACACAGCAUGUUACUGCAUGCAAACGCAUCUAACCCCCCACUGUAGCCGUAACGAGUCAAACGCAGCGCAAUUACCUAUAUACAUAUAUCUACAUAUAUACAAAACCCAACAGCCGAAACAUGCCGAACUGAUGACCCGGAAAUAAACCCGGGGCGAAAAGAAAAACUACAAUAUAACACCCAACAAAUCUCGUUUUCCAUAGGUUGAGAGACACUGACGCCGCGAGCGCAGUGUCUCAAUGUCACACAGACGAGCAGGAAAGAAACAAAGUAGAAUGGGACGUGUAGGUAGUGCAAUAAAUUCGGUUUUAGAAACACACACACGCAGGUUACAAUCAAGUUUUCUUAUAGAUUGACCUCAUUUACACAAACUUAAACAGAAAGGUUUUUUUUAUCCACCGAGAAAAUUUUACAGGGUUUCUCGGAUCUUCGGACAAAUGUCUCCAUGGUUAAGGCAAUGUGUGUGUUUUUUUAUCAAAAUCGCUUAUUGUUUUUAAACAUAUGGACGUUUGUUUUAAAGACUGAAAAACGCUGGAGAUUGAUAGUCAGGAACAAAAUUGUACAUAGACUUUUCUCGCAUUUGGAUUUUCUCCUUCCCGUGGAUUCGGUUAACAUUUUUUGACCUUUUUAUUUUAUAUAAAAGAUUUUGUUGCAAUCCCAGCUUAAGUGUGCUAUAAAAAACAUGGUACCAUAACUGCUAUAAAAAAGUGCACGAGUAUUAGGUAGGAAUCAUUUACUCUCUGUGUUACCUGUUCCCACAUCCCCCAUUCAAAACACUAAUCUAGUACGAUGCUCGGCACUAGAGAUUCGUACCAUCGAACCCCGUGCUGGUAUGCUAUCUCUAAUCACCCCCCCGACCCCCCCAUUCUCUCUCUCUCAACAAAUGACAGAUAACCGAUCGGGAGUGAUCUGAUAAGAAACAUAAACAAUGACUUAAACCAAAUAUGUCAACCCGAGCGGACACUAACACUCGUAUUGAUAAACGAAACCGAACAAACCGAAAACAAAUAUGAUGUAAACUACAAGAAACACACAACUAAAAGCUUUAAAUGUUGUUCGAACGUAAAAUAAUUUAACUAAAUAACAAUGGCGGCGCAUGGUGGAGCGAUGCGGUAGCGGUUAAGCAAAGAAAUCUCGCAAACAACACACACACAAAGCACAGCACCGAAUGAUGAGCCAAAUCAUCCAUAACCGAACCAACCGAAUGUUUGCACAGCUGAAUGUUGAAGGGUGUAAGGCUUGGUGGAUUUAUUAAUGAUUUUUCAAUGAAGAAAACAAAGUUCAAAAUGUAAUAGAAAAAAAUCAUGAAUAAAACAAAAACACAAUGCAAGAAAGCAAAAACUCUGUGAGGAACGCUUCUCUUGUUACCUGGUUAUGUUGGAAUGUCUCAACACUUCGAUCUUCAACAUUUGGUGGUAAACACUAACAGCGCACAAAACCGUCUGCUAUGGGAGAUUGGUAUAAUGACUGGAAGGCCUCUAAACGAGCUGUUCAAAUCCGUGUUAAGGUACUGGAAACUGUUUCUAAUUCUAGACCUUAAAACGCGAAAACUGUCAAUGGUCCUUACAGGGGUUUUCAGUUCAUAAAGUAAGUGUCUAUAUGUUGAUCACACUGAAAUUUAGAAUUAUACUUUUUUAUAAUUUUAACAUUAUUUUUUCAUCAUUCAUCAUUAACAUUUAUAUUUCAAUCAUAUUUAAAUAAAAUCCAUAUUUUUUAAAUUUAGUUAUUUUACUAAAAUCAUCAAAACAAAAAAUGUAUUAUUUACUUUAUUUCCUUUGGGUAUAAUAGGUUUUCAUAGUAAUUCUUUCACCAUUUCAAGGACCGAAGCAGUCAAAAGACAGUUACCAAAAAAAAACAACCGUGCAGAAGAAAAAAACAUAAAAUCGAUAAUUCAACAUACAAAACCAAUAAAAAGGGCGAGUUUUAAAUCGAUACAAAAAAAAACAAUAAUCGUAACACGGAGUCGUAAAACAAACAACAGCUGCAACCUAACAUAACACAACAAUGCAACAAUAGAUAUUCAUACGCAUAGAAAACCAACCAAUAUGCAUAAUGACUAAAUGGCGCUAAAACAAAUAAUAACUGUGGCAAGUGCUUAGGAUAGAAUACAAAUGCAAAAAAAAACAAAACAAGCUAAAAAACGAAACACUAUAACAAACAACAACUGAUAGGAAACAAGAGAGGAAAGGGAAAUAACAAACAAACAAAAAACCAACCGCAAACCAAAUAAAGCUAAACGUGCGAGUCAAACAAACCACACAAACAAAACAAAACAAAAAAAGUCUUUUUCAAUGUUUCAUAUCUAUAGGUGGAAGAAUUCAUAUAUACAUAUAUACAUAUAUUUAACUAAAGAAGCAACAACAAUAAAAAAUGAAGCAGAACAAAAUAAACAUAGCAAAACAAACAACAACUGAAACAUACAACAUGAGCAUUAAUGCAGCUAAACGCAAAAGGAUCGAGGUGAGAGACCAAUUUGAGUGUGACUGCGUCAUCUAGAUCUCAAUGGCGAAGGUGUCCAAACUAUUCGAACUGUUAUACUGAAACACACACACACACGUACACGCACACAUAAAACCACUCAUUCAUUUAUUAACACACACACAGAUAGACCAAAAAACGCUUGGUAGUGGUAGAAGCCCCUGCCCUACUCAGUAAAGCCUCCAACCCAAUGAACGAAUUCAAACUGAAAGACAACGCAUAAAACCACAAAUAAGCAAAAAAGGAACAACCAACGGUGACACAACGAUAUAGAGAGUAGCGUGUACUUGACCGGAACGAACACACUCACUAAAAAAAACCCUUGUAAAGCACACACUCACACAUGCAAAGAAAAAUCAACGAAACUAAGAAAAUCGAGUUUUUACAACAACAGAAAAAAAGAUCGUUGAAACAGAUCAUUAAAUAACGAAACUUUGAAGAACACACACAAACACUGACGAAUACUUAACGAAAAUCACCAAAAAGAAAUAACACUAACGAAAAAGCUACCAAACCACCGCUGAUAUUUUGGAAAAAAAACGCGAAUAGGAGUGAUAGGAAAAUGAAGGAAAAGUCAAAACAAACGAAGAAAUCCUAGAAUUUUUGAGCGGAAAAUGAAUGAAUUCUAGGAAAUAAAAGAGAGCAACAGAGCAACAGAGAGAGAGAGAGAGAGAGAGAGAAAGAGAGAGAGAGAAAACGGAAGAGUGAAUGAUUAGCUGGGUACACACGGAUGGAACCGAGCACUACAUUUCGACAUAUCACUUCAGAAGCAAUAUUCUGUCACCAAGUGCUUACCUUGAGCCGUUACGUUUAAAGCAGUCGGUGCUCUAGGAGGAUUGACACCCGGACGGCCUCAGUGUAUUGGAAGGACACGCGCACGCGUGUCCGAAACAUGUGAACGCACCAUAUCAAGCAAAAAGAGGGUUACAUCGAAAACCACAACUAGGAGGAACACUAGUUUUGUUCGGUUCUACUACCGGUUCUUUUUUUGUUGUUGUCGAACGCUCGAACGCUUCUAACGUUUGGUUUGAGCACGUUGGACCAAUAGAUUCGCGGCAGUACGCUGAACCUGCUUGACUUGGAACAAGGGAACGAUCAAUUAACUAACUUCAUGCAUUAUGAAACUGUUUUUGCCAUUUCGCGAACAAUCUGAUCUCAAAUUCAGGAGAUUUAAAACAUCCUUUUAUAGAAAUACAUGGCCCAUGCGGAACUGGUUCCUAACCCGCGUACUCGGCCAAUAGAAACACAAUGGAGGCUUUCGGUAUUAGUUGGAAUAAAUUAAAUGCAACGCAUUUAGUAUCGGUACUGCAGCACCCUGCUCGGGCACACUUUACAAGUAUCCGAUCAUCAAUUAUGAAAAACAAUCGCACACGUUACCGUGUACAAUAUCUCGGCUCGGUUUGGUUCUGUUACGUGUAAGCAGCUUACCGAACUGUCAAACGAACGCAAUUCUAGCCUGUCUAGCCGCCAUAUGUUGUGUCUUUCUCAUCAACUAUUCCCGAGGUUUUUAGUGAGGUGCCGAGAGCAGUGCCGUGUAUUGAUUGUUCUAAAUCGAGGACAUCCGAGAGUGUGAACAAAACAUUCGUAUAAAGAAUUUCAGUUUGUUAAGUUUGCUCAACUUCGCUUUUUUGCUUUUAAAUAAGAAAUAUCCUUGAAACACCGAGAGGAAUUCCUGGAAGAGAGUUUAUGCAUCGUGCACUACACGUAUCUUCUUCAGGCAAUUAUUCUAUACGGACAAGAAAAUGUGCUAUAAAUAUGUCAAUGGGGGUCAAAAACCCCCUGUUAAUAGGACCCCACCAACGGAACUAACGCAUUUUAAAUUCAUAAUGGAUUGUGAGACCGGUUCGCAAUGCUCCUUUUGAUGGUGGUGCCGUGCAAUUUGCUGCCGAGUUUGAAGUCUUGGUGAGAGCUUUGAACACAAGGAACUAGCUAGCUCACCUGAAACGCUGGUCGAAAGAAAAGCGGUUCUAGCAUGUCUAAUUAAUAAAUCAAACUAUUUGUGAGUUGAAGAACCUCUGGUCUUACGUUACCACCCGUUUUGGGCUAUCCGGCAAUCCAGAGCUAAAUCGGUAGUAGCCACUCGUGCGCUCUUCUUCAAAAUCCACCCCACCAGUUGAAGUUGGAAACAAGCAACAGUUACUAACAAUAGUGGUGCUAUUGAUAGCCGGUGGAAUUAUUGUUUUACGCACGCUAUCACUUAUCGGCCGGACCCCAAUUGGAUCUUUGAUAAGCUGAGCUGCACGUUUUAUUUUUACCUUCUCGAUAUAGGUAAAUGAACAUUAUUCACGCUCUCUGCGUUGUGUCCUUGCACCUUGAGCGUUUCUAUUCUUGCUAUAAUUUUGUCAUACAUUUAUGGCUUCCCCUCAAUAUAAAAAAACCCUUUCAUCCGACUCACUAACUAACUCCGUUAGCUCACUAAUCGGAAUUUUAAGACUCAGCAGUUGGUGUACCAUCCGAGAACGAGAGCAGCAAGCAGUAUUUGGCAAUGCAAGUGUUAUAUACAAUGUUUGACAUCGACACACGCACACACACAUACACAGAGAAAAGAAAUUAACUGACGGCGAAACAACCUUUAAACUAAAAGACUAAAGACUAGAUGUAGAAGCUGUUGGAGCGGAAUGUGGCACGAAGGACACAGCAACUCCCAACACGCGGGAGUUGAUCAUCAUGAACAUUUGAAGAAAAAAAAACAUAUAUAUAUAUAUACAACAACAUUCACAACAACUAAAUGAAAAUGACAUGAAUAUAAAUUUAUAUUUUUCUACAAAGCAUUUUCCCCCUCCCUCACACGGGCGGGAGGAAAAUGAUAAUCCGGCGCAUUUGCAUUGUAAAACAACAGUAAACGAUAAAACAUCUCGGCCAGAAGAAGAAAAAAACAACGGAAACCCCGUUCCCAAAUACAUCACCAUACUUACGCUACACUCGUACUCCAACUCCAGACUCUGGACCAUGGCACACACAAAAAAAAACAACAUGGCGGAGCACUGACACACUGACUGAUUCGGCGGACAGCAUCGUGAUUGUGGAAAAAGGCGCAUAAUGCGUGCGUGUGUGUGUGUGUGGGUGUGAUCCUAACCCUUGUCACACUAAUUAACAAUUAGUGUUAGUCCUUAUCAGAACCGGAAAUUCUACAUGUAGUGUAACCUUCGAGAAUGACACCUGCACAUACAGUUCCGAUACUUCAAGGAAUUGGCUGGCUGAACUUCAACUUUGGCAACCAUUUUUUAUUUUAUUUUGAGGAUUCGUGAUGAAAAGCUACUUUCUCUCCACAAAAUUCCUCCAACUGCUUCCUGCAGAAAAAUUGGGCAUUAUAGCACCUUUUAUAGCAAACUAGGAUACGAUAGUUUCCUAGCCAGGAGAGAAAAAAAGGUCCCCAGAUGUGCAACCGCCGUUCCGAAUUUUAAAGCUGUCACCCCAAAAAGCCGGGCCGACGAUUAUCGUGCCACGUGCUACAUCACCAUUAGUGAGUGCGAGAGAGGCAUCGCUACCAGCCUGCAACGGUUGACUACCCUUAUUGCACGGGCUAAUGAGUAUCGAGCCACCACGCUGCCACGAGCUAUACACCGAUCGAGGCAGAUGCACGAAACGGUCGACGAAGUAAAGGUCGAUAAUUUCCACGAAUGUUCGCACGAUAAGACGAACAGCGGCCGGCAUCAGCGCCAGGUGUCAGCGUGCUCUCGGAUCAUCCGUUAGUAGGAGCUGUGCGCUAAAUAAAAUAAUAUUUGCUCUACUACGAGUAAUCCGCUUUUGAUAAUAGGGGGUAAUGUUCUGCUUCAACAAACUUUGCAUGCAUGCUUGCGGAGGCCCAAUAUUCGUAUCACACCUCAAUCUAUAUUUCAGAUUUUUCCUUUUGCGACCUCUCGCUCUCUCUCUCUCUAUUUGAACACAUUAGUACUUAACACAUCCGCCAUUACAGCACAUGGCGACGAUAUCCAAUCUUCGGUUUUGCGUUAUUACAUGGCUGAGAUGAGGCAUUAGCAGAAUUUUGAGUCAUGUGUAUGGCUUAUCGCGUGCAGCGCAUGUCCCCACCAAAACACUGCCGAAGCAGGACAAUCUCUGAUAAGGACUCAAACACACACACACACACACCAACGUUGGAAAACGACCACCAACACCAUGCAUCGCACCAAGAAAAAAAAAUCCCCCCGGGAGACCUUGUACCUUAUCGUGGCAACACUGGUGGCAAACGAAGGACAUGCCGAAAGCAGGUGUCUCUUCCUUGCCGACGCCUGCGAGCUCCCUUUGCAUUUUGCCCCAUGCAAAAUGGCGGAUAGCGUCUGCUAGGCAACGUGCCAACGCGACGGCCAUGAUUUAAAGGUUAUUUUAUAUAACGGUGGCUUCCGUUACUCCUCACAUGCUCUCGACGAGAAGUGGGAGGGAAAAAAAUGACGAAGAAGAAGACGAUGGCAAAACGCCGUGGAACAUACCAUUGGACGCGCCAGCAGCAGCUGUAGCAACAGCAUUAGGUGCCGAGUAACAUGGGCUCAUUAUUAUUCCAUUCGGGAAUAUGCAAUCUGAUGUACUGAAUUUUAUAAUGGACUUUAAAAUUACAAUCACAUCCAUAUCAAAUGCACGACCGUUUGCAAAACGAGCAUCCUGGUUACUGCUUCCAUACCAUGCUGGGCGGCCCUUGAUGGCAGUGCAGCAGCAGCCACGAUUUAUUGGUGGGAUCACUUCACCGUGCUGAAGCACCGCCAACGAUAAGGAUGUUAGAAUAUUCCUAAUCCACUUCUCGAUGGGUUGGAGGACUGCUCGAGAAGCGUCACUUCGUGGGCCUUUUUUUUUGCUUCCUGACGCAGAGUGCAAACAUUCCUUCCGGGGAAUGACAUCACCAUAAUAUCUUCAAAUCCGUAUUUGCUCUCCUGUUUUUUUCAUCGGGGAGACAUCGGGAUAUGCUACUUGAAUGUCAAUAUGUCAUCAAGAAAAUAUUGACGCUGGUUAUCCAAUAACUCGGAAAGGAGAGAUACACAAAAUAUUGCCAUACAAGUUAAUGUCUCUUUAUAACAUCAAGGAGCAAACGAGAAGAGAACCCAAGAAAAGGUAUAGAAAAGAAAAUAAAAGAAGAAAAUAAUCACGCUGAAUGCUGAACGAAAAGAAAACCAAAAGACAAAAAACAAGAAAAACGAAAACAGGACAAAUGAAAACACGAUUAAAAAAUCACAAAAACACACACACACACCAUCGUACAUCACAACAAAACACGAUAAAAAAACAACCAAAACCAAACCAAGAACAAGCGAGGAAUCCUAAGGCGAAAGCGAGAGAGAGAGAGAUCGUGAGCGAGAACGAGAGGGAGAGCGAUACAACAAAAAAGCGAGAAGUAAAAGAAACACACUUUGCAGAAAACAAUCGGAAUCUCUUGUGAGAAAAUAUAAUUUUGUACAUCAUGUCUAAUGCAGGUAUUAACGUCUUCCUAUGCUAUGCUGUCUAUUAUUACGAUAAAAAAAAUACAUAAAAAGAAAAUGAAAGAUAGUAAAAACAAACCAAAAAAAAAAAACAAACAAACAAAACAAAACCAUAAACUGUGGGAUAAAAGCUAAGCGAAACAAAUGAAAGAAAUGAAACCAGAAACAUGAGAUAUUAAAAUUAAUGAAAUUAUUACUAAUGAUAAACGAGAAACCAAAAGGCGAAACACACACACACAGAAAAUGGGAGAAAGAUGGUGGGAUGGCAAUGAUGGCGAUAUUGAUGGUAGGGCCACCCACCAUAAACAAAAAUAGGUAAUGUAGUGGAAGAAGGUGAGCGAGAAAGAGAAUGUUAGUAAGAAGAAAAAAAAUGGCGUCAUUCGAAGCAAACAAAUAUGAUGGAAGGAAACUAUUAUAUAAAAAUAUACAUUAAAAAAAAACAAAACCCAACUGUCAAGCGAUGUGAAAGUAAAGGUUGCACCAUUUAGAGGAUGCUUCUAGGGCAGGAAUGUUACAUGGUAAAGUAGUGUAAAAAAACAAAACAAUGAACAAACCAAAAACAUGAUACAACAGAAGAAAGAAAACCUACGCUACAAGCGACAACACACACACACACACACAUAUACACGUACACACACAGAGCCGAUCAUCUUUCGGCACGGCAGAUAAUGGGGCGCCAUUGUAACGGUACGUUUGAAAUGUGACGUUUGGUUCAGAUGACAGCUCUGUAAACCUUCUGGGGGUUUGUCAGUGUUUUUCCAAUGUUUCGCGAGGUCCCAGACGCGUCCACUGUGGUUCACUACCAACAUACUAGCAACAACAACAAAAAUCCUGCUAGAUGUAAAACACAAAACUGGCAUGCACAAACCAAACCAACAAACCAUACGUAAACACACGUACGUACUGGCGUAUUAGCACGGCAUCUGUUGCGCCGUACUUCCUGAACGCAUGAGAAAAAAAUGGCGACCCAGUCCGGUCACCUUCUGGACACAACACGAACGGGUGACAAACCAAGCCGAAGCUGACGUACGGGGAAUGGAAACAUAUUUAUAGAAAAGGUAUAUAUUUAUGGUAGAUGGAUGAUAGAAGACAAAAUGGCGGCGGCGUGUGUAUGUGCGUGGUUGCACCGAGGGAAGAGAAAAGAAAAAUACAGCCAUCCAAUCAAACCCGGCGCAAACUUUACGGUACACGAUGACAGGACGCGAAAAAAAAGCUAAAUUAUGCGGUACAGUGCGGCCACGCGCAUUGCACCCGUGAAGGGCCUAAGAUGGAAGAAA